AAAAAUGGGUGGUGGAUUAUGAGAGGGAGCGGGAGAAGAGAGGAAGAAAAACAGACACAAAAUUUUAGAAGAGAGAGAAAACAGAGAGACGGCUCUGCUGAUGGCCGUGAACAUCCUCUUCUCCUGAAACCCAUCAUCAUCGUCGUCAUCAGCAGCAUUAUCAUCAUCAUCAUCAUCAGCAUCACCACCGCCAUCACCUCAAUCUUUAUCUACUUCCCCCUUUUACCCCUAUUCUCCAGGGUUUGUCGAAUGAAAGCAAAUAUUAUCUCAUAGGAGGAGGGUGAAUUCUAUUAAAAAAGAGAGAUGAGGGACUCAGAUGAUCCAAAUUCAGAAAAUGAUUUAUUAUAAUCCCCUAGAGUACCCUCUGUUGUGUCAGAUUUUUUGUAAUUAGACUUUGUAUUUUGUAAUUAGUGUUUUUUCUGGAGUCAUUGUUUUGUAUCUGAGGGGGGUUGGAGAUAUUUCCUUAAAACUUGUCAAUGUAAAUCAUCUAAAGACGAAGAAGAAGAAAAAAAAACAACACUGGCGAUAUCAUAUAGAGUUUGCUUUCAUUGUUAAAGCAAUGGGUGGUACAUCCAAUCAUUUCAUUUUCAGCUUGAAGAAUUUUUCGUGUUUACUGGUAUUGGCUUUCCUACAAAUUCACAAAACUUGCUCACUUAACCUCGAAGGAUUGUCUUUGUUGAGUUUCCGGGAAAGUGUAGUUAGUGAUCCUAAUGGAGCGUUCUCGAAUUGGUACCCCAAUGAUAGUCAUCCAUGCAAUUGGUCAGGUGUUCAUUGUGUGGACGGCAAAGUGCAGAUGCUUGUUCUAGAAGGACUUUCACUUGGAGGGAUCCUAGCUCCUGAGCUUGGGAAGCUCGCUUACUUGAGAUCUCUUGUGCUCUACAAAAACCACUUCUCAGGUUUUAUUCCUAAAGAGAUUGGAGAGCUUACCAUGUUAGAAGUAUUGGAUUUAAGGGGUAAUAGCUUAAGCGGGACAAUUCCUUCUGAGUUGGGACAGAUGUCAUCUCUUAAGCGCUUGCUUCUUUGUGACAAUAAAUUCCAGGGUAGUCUUCCUCCUGAGUUGGGGAAGCUCAAUAUGCUGGCCGAGAUACAGUUUGAUGACAACCUUACAAUCUCUCUUGCAAGUCGAGUUCGCUGUUUAAAUAGGAAAUUUGGACACUGCAUCUGGCAGAACAGUUCCAAACAACUGAGGAAAGCAGACGCUUUCAAGAUUCCGUUCAAAGGGGAACUUUUUCGUUAUCUUGAUGUACUACCACUGUUCAACUUUAAAAAAGGAUCCUUGCAUGAGAAUGAUGGAGAAAGAUGCUGUGGCAAUUUACGUAGUUCAGCAGAUUCUUACACAGAUCAAAAUGUGGAUGACAUGGUAAACUCUGGACGCCGUAGAUUGCUUGAGGAAACCACUAACCUUCCUGCGGUACCAGCAAGCGAGGGUGCUCUUCCUAAUUCACCGAGCACCAUCCCAUUUACUAGAAGCAGUGGAUCUUUUCCUGCUAUACCAAAGAGCAAGAACAUGCCAAUACCUUCACCGGCACUGCAUUCUUCCCCGGAUGCUAAACCCCAGUCAAUUUCAGCACGUCCCGGAAACCAAAACGAUCAACAUUCUGGCGACUCGUCUGGAAAAAGAUUGACUUAUGUUGUUGUGGUACCGACAAUCGCAUUUGUGCUCAUUGUUGCAUCAGUAAUGCUUUUGGUUUUUAGAAAAAGAGGAGGCACGACAAUAGGUCCAUGGAAAACAGGACUGAGUGGACAGUUGCAGAAGGCAUUUGUGACAGGGGUUCCCAAACUAAAUCGUCCGGAGCUAGAAGUUGCCUGUGAGGAUUUUAGCAACAUUAUUGAGACCUUGUCAGACUGCACAGUGUACAAAGGAACAUUGUCUAGUGGAGUUGAGAUUGCAGUUGUGUCAAUUGGAAUAUCAUCAUCCAAAGAUUGGACGGAAUGCUUGGAAGCGACAUUUAGGAGAAAGAUAGAUACACUGUCACGGGUGAACCACAAAAACUUUGUCAACCUUCUGGGUUAUUGUGAGGAGGAUUCACCUUUUCUCAGGAUGAUGGUGUUUGAGUAUGCGCCCAAUGGCACCUUAUUCGAGCAUCUCCAUGUUAAAGAAGUUGAGUUUCUUGACUGGAAUGCAAGGACAAGGAUUAUUAUGGGAACUGCUUACUGCCUGCAAUACAUGCACCAUGACUUGAACCCACCUGUCGCUCAUCCCAAUCUCCACUCAACUACUGUUUAUUUGACGGACGACUAUGCUGCUAAGAUUGCAGAAAUCAAUUUGCUGUCAGAUUUUGAUGCGAAGCCAGGAGCGUUUAUUAAGGAUAUGACUGAGCACUCUGCACUACCGCCACUUGCGGUUCCUGAAACAAACGUCUACAGUUUUGGUGUAUUGCUGUUAGAGAUAAUAUCUGCCAAAAUUCCAUAUGCUAAUGAUGGAACCUUACAAAACUGGGCGGAGGAUUACUUGAGUGAUAAACUGAGCGCCAACGACAUUAUCGAUCCCUUACUCAGAAACGUAAAGAACAACGAGCUUGAUAUCAUAUGCGAAGUCAUCAAGGAUUGUAUUCGUGACGAACCGAGACAAAGACCCUCAAUGAGAGAUGUUACAUGCAAAUUGAGAGAGGUGAUUCCAAUUUCACCUGAUUCUGCAACACCAAGACUUUCUCCACUUUGGUGGGCAGAACUUGAGAUCCUCUCAGUGGAAGCUACAUAAAAAAAAAACAAACGUGUUUCUCGGUUUCCUCUCUUCUAUAGUAAGUCUCAACUCUCCCCAUUUUUCUUGCAACCACUCAAUUGUUGUAGCUGUAUAAUCCCACACAUACAUAUUCAUAUUCCCCCAUGACAUGCCUAUUUUCUUGUUGAUUUUCCUCUGUAUCAGUGAUCUUGUUGUGAUCAUCUUUUUUAUUCGAUUCUUUUUCAUUUUUUACUCUUGUUUUAGAGUUAUACCAUACUUGUCUUUUAACUUUACAGUAGCAGCUGUGUAUGUAUUUUAUAGUGUGAGAGCUCGAUCAGUUCCUGGAAUGUAAAAUAAACUAAAAGAACAACUACAACUAUUACUACGAAAUUCGCUUCUCAUA